CACUUGCACUCAUAGGGAGAGAAAGAGAAAGAGAGAGAGAGAGAAUCUUGUUUAAUUAUCUUCAGUUCCUCUCUAUUGUUUUCUCUUGAACAUGGCAGGGAAGAGAAAUCAGACAAGUCCAGUGGGAAGUCCAACAUCUGGGAACAUCUCAGAUAGUUCUUCAAAAGAACAAGACAGGUUCCUCCCUAUAGCAAACGUGAGUCGUAUCAUGAAAAAAGCACUUCCAGCCAAUGCUAAAAUCUCAAAGGAAGCAAAGGAAACAGUUCAGGAAUGUGUGUCAGAGUUCAUAAGCUUCAUCACUGGUGAAGCCUCUGACAAGUGCCAGAAAGAAAAGAGGAAGACAAUUAAUGGGGAUGAUCUUUUGUGGGCUAUGACAACACUUGGGUUUGAGAACUAUGUUGGACCUUUGAAGGUGUAUCUCAACAACUAUAGGGAAAUUGAGGGAGAAAAGAGUUCUGUGGGUAGACAAGAAGAUUAUCACUCUCCAAUCACAGAAACCAAUGAUGGGGUAGCUGAAAUCAACAAGUUGACUCAUUCUGUUUCAACCAAAACAGACUUUCCAAGUUUCAAUGGUGGAUUCUACUCUGUUGGGUCUCAAGUUACUCCAAAGAGCUUCACAGAGAUUGGAGGGAUCACAAGUUAUAGAGAGAGUUCCAUAAACAGGACCAUUGCUGAAAGUGCAGUCAAUGAUGAUCAAGAUGCAAAUGGUAAUAGAAUGAUGCAAGCCAACCUACGUUAUAGGGUUGAAUGGUAGAGGUUACAUGAUAGCAACAAGUUACUUCUCUAUUAUUUAUAUACGGAAUUAAUAUUUCUCGUGUUAUAUGAAAUAUUUUAUCUCCUACACACACAAAAAUAUGAAAAUAUACGGAGCUCGUGUACUUUUAUGUUUACGUGCGUAGGAGAUUUAUAUCCUAUAACAUGAAAAAUAUUAAUCUCAUUUUAUAUUUAUAUAUAAGAGUUUAUAUUAUGGUAUAACUUUGUUGCUGAUUGGCUUAUUUGAAAUCUAAUGAUAAAUUUUACACACUUGGAGGAUAUAUUAAAGUUAUUAAUUGGUUACUGAAUG